AUGGCGCAUCGCACAGCUCUUCAUCCUCUAGAAGAUGCGUCUCGUAUGCGUGUUUCUUACACGCUUCCACCGCUCUUGUCGUUCCAGGAUGAUCACGAGCAUCGAUACCUGCCAGAUGAACGUGGGAUGCACGCACAAUCAUUGCCCGUGCUGGAUCUACCGACUACGAGAGAAAAGCCUCAUACACGUACUGUGUUUGGCUCGUCUUUUCCUCGAGUAGAGCACUCCCCUAAAUACUCUGUUCGCUUGCAUGAACUGGCCCCUGAGCAUGCACGAGCUCGGCAUCUAAGGCCAAUUAAUGCGCUUGCUUUAGACGUUCGUGAAAACGAUUCUUCACGACUUUUUAGCGCAGGCAUAGAUGGCCUUGUAUGCGUUUGGGAUCUCGGGUCCCUUGACGCACCGAUGUGCCCUCGUUUUUCCAAACACAUUCGCGCACAUCGCAACAGAAUUUGGGACAUGAAGUACGUCCCAAACCAAGAUGUCGUUGUUACAUGCUCGUCCGAUUGCACAAUUAAGGCAUGGAAUCCAGAUACCCCUGCAAGUAAUACAUACGAGCUAGGGACACAUGCAGAUUAUGUCAAAUCAUUGGCGCCCUCAUAUGGAUCAGACUGGAUUGCCAGUGGAUCCUUGGACCAGAAACUUUGUCUAUGGGACCUGCGUGAAGGACGUAAGGAUCCCAUGUGGCAAGUGGCUACACCAUCGAGCAUUUAUGUGGUUGGUAGCAAUAGGUCUGGCAGCGUCAUUGCCACGGCAGGUGUGGACAGGAGGGUACGCGGCUGGGACCCACGAAUGCGCGGCUCGGCAUUUGAGCUUGUCGGACAUGAAGACCUUGUGCGGACCAUGGUCAUGAGUGCCGACGGCGAGCAUCUGCUUUCCGGCUCGUCGGAUUCCACCGUUCGACUCUGGUCAACAAAAGAACAACGCUGCUUGUGCACCUAUUCUCAUCAUAAUGCAAGCGUUUGGAGUUUGUACUCACAGGACGAUAAUUUAUCAACAUUUUAUUCAGGGGACAGAGACGGCUUUCUUUGUAAAAUAUUCCUCGAUCCCAACCAUCAGCCACAAAAUGAUCGUUGCGUCGUGUUGGCGCAAGAAUCGAUCGAUCCAAAUUCACCAUCCAAGGCUGGCAUUGCAAGCAUCAUGGCAUAUAAUGAUCAGUAUGUCUGGACAUCUAACACUAUAUCUCCAUCUUUCCAAUGCUGGCAAGAUAUAAAGAACCCUGAUGUCUCGUCAUCCAGCCUUGUGAACUUACAUGAUCCUGAUAUGCUACAAUUUUUCACACAGUUGCCAGCUAAUACCGUUCAUCAAGAAGCUGGCUCCCAGUACUCGGUUUCUGAAGCUUUCCCCGUUUUUGACAGGCCAUUAUAUGAAGUUGUCGGUUUUCAUGGCAUACUGCGUGGGGCGUUUUUGAAUGAUCGUAUCCAUGUACUAACUAUUGAUUCUGGUGGCAUCGUGGCUCUUUGGAAUGUUUUUCAUGGCUCGUGUAUCGGGACAUUUGAUGUGCAUGCGGUCAAUAAUGCUGCGAUGGUACAGGGCGUGCCACCGACCUGGCGCCCGCAGCACUCGCCGAGUGGUACGCUAGAGUUAGUUCAAAACAUUAUCGAGGGAGAGGGUGUUACGUUGCCCUGGUGCACACUCGAUACAACAUCUGGCUUGCUUACAGUAUCUAUUGACGAGACAAAAAUUUGGUCAUCGGACAUGUACUUGGAUGAGCUGCAUGAAAUGUUGGGAAAUCCAUCAACCUCUGCUUGGUCUGAAGACCGUGUUGUGCUGGGUGUAUGUGUGAUCCGAAAUCUCUUCAAGCACAUGUUUCUCGCCGAGAUGCAGAUGCGAGGCAAUAAUAGAGAGGGUCUACCAAUGCUGCUGGAGUGGCUCAAGCAAUUGGGGCUGUCGCCUGAAGCGCUGAUGCAUGUACCAUUGUGUCAGCUUCCAAGUGGUCCCCAAACAGCACGCAUGAAUGAGACUUAUCACUCAAUUCUCUCCAAAAUGAGCGCAUUCCAUGCUUCGAUACAUCUCGAUAUAUUUUCAUCAUCGGAAGAAGUGUCCACGCUGGAGUACGAAAUUGUCCAGCAUUUGCACAAAAUGUUGGCUAAAGAUGUGCCUAGUCCUCACAUGGUUCCUGAAUCAUCGACUUCUCCGCCUGAGCCGAGCACCUUCUUUGGCACAUUUCGACGUAACACAUCCAAGCGCAAAGUUCCAAGUCAACUUGUUCCAUCAGCGAAGAAAGAAGAUGCACAGAACAAACUAGAUUAUGCAAAUGCGCUAUCAAACUUGUAUUGUAAUGCCUGGCGUGACACAUCCCCAUUGACGGGCAUACCCAAUAUCCAGUAUUCAAGUAUGAUGUCGAUCGAAAUUGUGCGUGAAGAUCGGGUGAAUGGGAAGCAGACCGUUGCUUAUCGUGGUUCAGUGGGAUCAGUAGGUGUCGACACACCUCUGUUAGAGCUAAUGGCGCCGUAUUGGCUUCUAUCAGUGGUACUGUCACCUGAAAUUGUUCAAGUGGAAGGGCCCCUUGUCAAGGUUGUACUGCAAAAGUGGUCUUCCAAUGCUUCUACGAGUGAUACACUAAACGCAAGCUUGGAACUCGAACCUCUUUCAGCGGAGGAUGGAACGUUGACUGUGCCAAGGAAUCUGCGCGUGGCGCGAAUCGCAGAUUACAUCAAGCACGCUCUUACGAGCAUGGGAAGCACAAUUUCAACGCCGACCGAUAAUCCUGUGGAUAUUCCUAUCGACAUCCUGUGCAAUGGGUAUCAUGUUCCAGCUCGUUACACAAUUGCGCAGUGUCAAGCAUUUUGUUGGCGAAAUAUUACGCCCGGUAUGAUCCGCCUGAGGUAUCGGAGGAGGUCGUCUCGUUUAUCCGUAGGCUUAUAG